AUGUACGGUGCCUUCCGAAGGGAAUUUCUGCACGAAGCAGUCAUGGGAACAGCUGUCGGUCCCACCCGUGACCUCAUGCUCAAGCCAAGGAACAUCAUGCAUCCAGACGAGUUCUAUUUCCCCACUCUCGCUUACAACAUCAAACUCCGCCUGCCUGGGGCCUGUGUCAACACUCCAUCACCCGAAUCGGAAGUGGGCUACAACUACUUGGCCAAGUUUGUCAUUUGGGGAGGCUACAAUGUGACUUGUACUACUAAAUACGUUAGAGGUGUCUGCAUUCCUGGAACGGAUCAUGUGGCGCUGUUGCAGAGUGUUCCACACAUAUCUGCCAACAAGUUCCACGCUGACUAUCAACCGGAGGCAUACGAUGAGAUGGAGCGAUGGUAUUUCCGACGCGUCGCAGCGGAAAUGAUGACUGGCUCGUAUAACAGAAGCUCAUUUGAUCCAGCGAUUUAUUCCAACUUGUCAUGCUCUCAAAACCAUGUUUAG